GGGGGGGGGUGGUCGGGGCGGGGGGGGGGGGCGUCGGGUCGGGCCGGGCCGGUUCCGCGUGGGGCUCCGUGCUCCCGGACCCUGCGCCCGCUGCCUCCGGAGGAUGCUCGGGGGCUCGGGGGGGGGGAGCGCAGCCCCGAGCUCGCCCCUGCCUGCCGCCGCUGCUGCCUCGGGGACCCGCUGCACGGCCCCGGGGCCGCGCUCCCGGCCCCGGCUCCCGGCCUUUGCGGAGCAGCCCCGGCGCCUGGCGGCCUGAACCUGGGGCUGGGGGGCCGGCGAGCGAGGAGAAGCCCCGGGCCCGAGCGCUGCCUCCAGCCCGCAGCUCCGGGCGGGCUCCGUGACCCGAGCCGGGGCAGCGGCGGGAUGCGCGGGGACCGCUGAGGCCGGUUUUUCUUCCCGGGCCGUCCCACGGACCUCCUCUGGGAGCGGCGGGACCGGCCCCGGGUCCUGCGUGGCCGUGGGCGCUGCCCCGAGCACCCAGCGCUGGGAAGAACCACCCUCGGCAUCCUCCGGGAGACAAAAGGUGGAGCCCGGCCUGUUCGUGGCGAGCGCCCGCUCCUGCUUCCCCUGGGCCGCUCGUCCCCGUCCUGGCGUGGUCCCACCGGCGGCCCCGGGGCUCCAGGGGGCUCUGGGGCUGGCGGCUCCCGCUCGCUGCCUGGGGCCGCCAUGCCCUCCCCCAGCGACUCCAGCCACUCGCUGACCGGCCGUACGUCUCGCAGCCUCACCCACCUCCGCGUCCAGAGGACCUGGCUGCAGAUCCUGCUGGUGCUGGGCUUCAUCCAGGUCAUCCUGGGCGUCCUCGUCGUCACCUUCAGCCUGGUGGCAGCCACCAUCACGCCCUCCGCCAAGAUCCGUCACUCCUGCCCCUCCUGGGCUGGCUUCUCGCUGGCGCUGUCCGGGCUCAUUGGCAUCGUCUCCUGGAAGCGGCCCUUCACCCUGGUGAUCACCUUCUUCACGCUGCUGUCGGUGCUGGGCGUCAUGCUGAGCCUGGCCGGGUCCAUCUUGUCCUGCCAGAACGCGCAGCUGGUGAAGUCCCUGGAGACCUGCGAGAGGGAGAAGGACUCGUGCAUCUGCUGCCAGACCCACCUAGAGAACGCGCCUGCUUCCUGCAGCCAGCAGGGCGAGAUGCUGACCAUGUUCCCCAACCCUGACUGCCGCAGCAUCCGCGUGGCACUCAAGGAUCUCCUCUUCAGCGUUUGUGGCUUGACCAUCUUCUCCACCAUAAUCUGCACGCUCUCUGCCGUCGUGUGCUGCAUCCAGAUCUUCUCCUUGGACAUCGUCCACGUGCUGGUCCCCCAGCGUUCCAACUCCGUGACGCUGGAAUGCACGUCGCCCCCUGACACCUUUCUGCAGAGCAUGCUGGACUUCGAGGAGUUCGUGCCUCCGGUGCCACCCCCCCCGUACUACCCACCCGAGUACACGUGCAGCUCCGAGACCGAUGCGCAGAGCAUCACCUACAAUGGCUCCAUGGACAGCCCUGUGCCUCUCUACCCGACUGACUUUCCCCCCUCCUACGAGACCGUCAUGGGGCUGCGCGGGGACAGCCAGGCCACGCUGUUCGACUCGCAGCUGACUGACGGCUCGCACGCCUGCACCUGCGACCGCGUCCCCUCCAUCGUGCUCAGCGGAGAAGUGUCCAUGGACAGCGGGUCCCUGAUCAUGUCUGAGAUCGUGGACAUCCCCGGGGACAGCAGCCCCUCGGAGGACUCGUGCCUGCUGGAGCUCCAGGGCUCCAUGCGCUCCGUGGACUACGUCCUCUUCCGCUCCAUCCAGCGCAGCCGCGCUGACUACUGCCUGAGCGUGGACUGCGUGCAGUGCAGCCACCACGCGCGCAGCCCCACGCUGGGCUUGCAGGGGCCCUUUGAGGAGACGCCGCAGCCCCGGGCACGUGGCGAGCGCUCCUACUCCUGCUCCACGGCAGAGCCCGGCCACAACGGGAUCUUGGUGGGGGGAGCCGUGACCCACAGCUGCAACCGCCUGGAGGGGCUGGCCCGCUGCAUCGGGCCCUGCUUCCCCGAGGUGCGGCUCAAGGACAAGAGCUCGCUGCAGGGGCAGAGGGGCAGCCGCUCCGCAGGACCCGGCAGCAGGCGCCUCUUCCACCCGCGGCGCAACAGCGAGACCUCGUGCCCCUCGUCUCCAGCCCCGGGUCUGAGCCAGCGGCCACUCGUGAGAUCGCACAGUGACCCCGGUGUCCUGAUGGUUGGUGACACCGAUUUCAGGGAAGUACUUUAUACCAAAGCACUGGAGGAUACCGUGUCCAAUUCCUCUGCAGAUACAGGGCUGUGCUCGGAGGCCUGCCUGCUCCACCGUUCGCACUGUGACUCGCCCCCGCUGCUCCGCGCUGGCUCCGUGGGGAAGAACAAGCUGCCGGUGUCCAAGAAGGUGACGCAGCAGCUGUCGAAGACAACGACCCGCUCCCUGGGGGACCUGAAGGUCUGCCGGGGCACCCGCGGGUUGGUGGCCAGGUUCCUGCAGAGACCCAAGCGCAACCCCGCAGCUGGAGUGGAGGUGCCUGGGCACAGCCCCCAGGGGCACAAGCAGGUCCCCUGGAGCGCCUGGCCGGGAGCGGAGCAGCCCCACGAAGGCAUCCACCUGCGGAGCUGCGGGGACCUGAGUUCCACCUCAUCCCUACGCCGGCUCCUGUCCGCCCGCCGGCUGGAGCGUGGCCGCCCGCGGAGCCUCAGCGGGACCUGCAAGGAGAGCAUCCUCUGAGGGUGUCGCUGGCCCCGUGGCACGGCCUCGGCCUCUGGAGAGACCCCGGAGCUGGGGGGUAACGGGAGGGCCCCGCUCCUGGACGCUGCUGCCCGCCUGCGGGGCUGGGCCCUGGUGUCGCUGUCCUGGGGCUUCCUCAUGGCCCCUUCCCGGAGUCGGGGGCGAGGGGCUGGUCCCCUGGGGUGGCUGUUGUGGGGCCAAGCGGGCUGUGCCCCCGUCCCCUGCCCCGACCCUGUGCCUGUGCCCGCAGUGCCCGUGCCUUGUCCCCACUGUCCCCACUGCUGUCCCUGGUCCCCUGCGCUGGCCGUGCCCCGGCCCCAUACCGGCAGUGCCCCGGCCCCAUACCGGUAGCACCCAGGCCCCAUACCGGUAGCGCCCAGGCCCCAUACCGGUAGCGCCCUGGCCCUGCACCCACGUCCCAGCCCCGCCGGUUGUGCCUGGGCCCCCCAGCCCCGUACCGCACCGGCCGUGCCUGCGUGUCCCCGCGCCCCCCGCCACCCCAGUACAGCCCCGGGGGUCCCUGCACAGAUGGGGGGGGGUCGGUAAGGGGGGGGGGGCCUGUCCCGUUGCCACCGGGCCGCGGCGCUUGCAGCUGCUCUGCCACUCGCUAGAGAACCAAAUAAAGGUGUUCGCCUGCC